AUGGAAAUUUCGAUUGCAGAGGCGUCCUCCAAGUUUCCGGGAUUUCGAUUUUCGCCCUCGGACGAAGAGUUGCUUCAAUACUAUCUCAAGAUGAAGCUUCAAGGCUCGGACAAGAGUGUCGAGGUCAUUCCCGAGGUUGAUAUAUGCAAACACGAGCCUUGGGAUCUGCCAGCACAAGCGAUCAUUCAAUCAGAUAGCGAGUGGUUCUUUUUCUCACCUCGAGGAAGAAAGUAUCCAAAUGGUUCUCAGAGCAAACGAGCAACGCAAUCUGGCUAUUGGAAAGCGACCGGGAAAGAAAGAAAUGUCAAAUGUGGUUCGAACAUAAUCGGUACAAAGAGAACCCUAGUAUUUCAUAUCGGCCGAGCACCAAAGGGACAAAGAACCGAAUGGAUCAUGCACGAAUAUUCCACAAGUGAAAAAUCCGAGGAUGCCAUGGAGUUGUUUUUUGGAAGGGACCAUGAUACUAUUGAUUUUGUGAGUGAUAGUUAUGAAUAG